AUAAAUUUUUUUUUCUGAUUUUUUUUUGACAGUUUUUAUUAUAAAUUUUUUUUUUUUUAAAUGGCCAUAUUGUUUUUGAACUGUGAAAUCAAACAAUCUGACAAUGAGCAUAACUACACAAGAUCUAAAUUAUCAUCGAAUGAUGAAUUUGACAACAGCAACAACGACAACAACAGCAGCAGCAGCUACAGCAUUGGCUUCAUCUACAUCGAAUGCUAUAACUUCUCCAAAUCAGCUACAAUCAACCACCGUCAUUUCUACCGUUAAAAUUGACAAUGACCAAAAACAAAUUCAAGAUCGUGAUAAUUACCUUGAAAAUAAUAAUGAUAAUAUUGAUGAUAAUGAUUGUCGACCUUCAUCAACAUCACAGAUUAUGACUGUUUUAACACCGGAUUUACUACCGUCUUUUUCUACACAAUCUUUUGUAAAUCAACCACAGCUAAAACAAGCACCCAAAACAACAUUAACAAAUACAAAACAGAUAAAACAGCCAAAUGGUUCGAUUGUUGUUGUAGAUAAUGUUAGUCAGCAACGAAAAUCAUCAAUUGGGGGCAUUAAUCCGAUUGUAACAACAGUUUCAUCGAUUAAUAAUGCUCCAAACACAUAUUUAUAUGAUAGAUCAAAUUUCAAUCAUUUUCAAAUCAAUCAUUCAUCAUCAUCAUCAUCAACUGAAAUAGGUCAAUUUAAAAAUGAUGAUGAUAAACGCCAACGACAUAAAUCAUUGUCUAGUUUAGAAAAUUGCAAAAAUCAAUCAAAAUUCUCUUCGAUCAAUUCAAGAAUCGAUCAUUCGCAAUCAAAUGAACAAUCUCAAGUUUUAAUUACCAAUAAGAAACCAGUGAUAAUCAGUGGCAACAAAGCAAUCAAUGAAAAAAACCCAUCAAAUCGAUUGACAAUGUCGCAAAAGAAAGCAUCAUCAUCAUCAUUAUCAUCGGCUGCUAGUUCAUCUGCGGUCACAUCUACAUCAUCUGCAAUUGGUGAUGGUCCGAACAGUAGUUCAAUGGAUGAUGAUCAAAAUCAAUCGGAAAAACCAUUGAAUCGUCGUCAAUGGUAUCAUCUAUGGCUUCCAUCAUAUAAAUCACGAUUAAAUCAAUUUCAACGACAAUUUAGUGAUAAGAUUGAUUCAAGAGAAAAAUUAAUCGGAGAUUUUGUAUGUGCUAUACAAAGAGAAUUAUUACUUCAAGGUCGAAUGUACGUUUCAUUGAAUUAUAUUUCCUUUUAUUCGAAUAUAUUUGGCUAUGAAACAAUCGUGAAUAUUAGCUAUCAAGAUAUUGAAUCAAUAUCGAAAGCCAGUACGGUUAAAUUAUUUCCAAAUGCUAUACAAAUAAUUACAAAUAGUGGUCUGAAAUAUUUUUUCACAUCAUUCGUUUCACGUGAACGUGCUUAUCAAUUAGUGACAAAACUUUGGCAAUUAGCACGUCGAGAUCAACCAAUGCCAUGGCCAGAAAUACGUAAAUUGAUUCGUGAAGCUUAUACUACUAAUAAUUUGGGUGUUGAUCUUAGUGAUCUAGAUGAUGCAGAUGUUGAGAUUGAUGUACUUUCUAAGAAUUCGAAAAAGAAGAAACAUUCUAAACGAAAACGUAAAGAUGCAAAUCAUCAUCACCAUCACCACCAUCAUCAUCAUCAUUCGAAAUCGUUGCAGAAUUCAAAUUCUAGUUCAGAUGGAUUGACUACACAAGCGGAUGAUGUAGAAUCUCCUGUUCUGAUGAAUCGUCGAAUUAUAUCUGGAUCAAAAGAAUCUAUAACAUCAUCAGCUAUACCAAAAACUAAUAAUGCUGAUGUACAAACAGAUGAUUAUGAUCUACAGCUACCACAUUAUAUUCAUAAUCAUCAUCAUUAUCAUCAUAAUCAUUUGGAUCAUCAAUGUUCAUUGAUGGAAGUGUUUCGACAAUCGGUUAAAAAUUUGAAUUUGAAAUUACGUAAAAUUUCACCAACACAAUCACAAGUGAUACGAUUUUUAUUUAUGGUAGCAUUGAUAUUGUUUACCAUACAGAUUGUAAUCUAUUUUCGAUUUCAAACAUUAAAUCAACGAUUAUUACAAACACAACAAAUAUUAAUUGAAGCAAUGGAAAAACAACGUCAAAUCAAAACAAUGGAUGGUAAUGAAAGCAUGAUAGAUAAUCAUAAAAUUAUCGACCCAUCGGCUAUUGUUACCACUACCGGUGUAUCGUCAUCAUAUUGUCAUUUAAAAUCACAUUGUUGAAAUGGGGACCACGCCACCAAUUAUAGAAUUCUCGAUUAUUAAUUUUCACCAAAAAAAAAAAA